AUGACCGUACUUCAGCUUGUGCGUGAGCACUGGGUUCAUAUACUUGUCCCUAUCAGAUUUAUCUUUGGAUCUUAUCUAGACAGGAAGGAUGAUGAAAAGCUCACUGCGUUCCGGAAUAAGAGUAUGCUAUUUCAAAGGGAACUCUGAGGCCCAAUGAAGAAGUUACUUGGAAGUAAAAAUGGAUUAAAUCACAGAAUGUUCACAUUUUAAAAGUUAUUGGAGAAAUAAAAAAGUUUAUUAUUUAA